AUGCUGGAAGGGCAUCGAGGCGAUCGACUUCGCCAUAAAGUAAGCAAACGGGGUGUAUGUACCGUUCGCUGUGUCUCUGCAGCAGCAGCAGCAGCAGCAGCAGCAGCAGCAGGAGUAGCAGCAGGAGGAGCAGCAGCAGCAGCAGCAGCAGGAGUAGCAGGAGUAGCAGCAGCAGCAGCAGCAGCAGCAGCAGGAGUAGCAUCAGGAGUAGCAGCAGGAGUAGCAGCAGCAGAAGCAGCAGCAGCAGUGAGGAUAGCAGCAGCAAGAACGUCUCUAUUGGCAGCUCAAAGAGAGACAAAAGAGAGACAAAAGAGAGACAAAAGAGAGACAAAAAAGAGACAAAGGAGAGACAAAAGAGAGACAAAAGAGAGACAAAAGAGAGACAAAAGAGAGACAAAGAAACCAUAA